AUGCCUCCCAAAAGGGCAUUGUGGUCAGAAGACGAUCUGAUCGCAGCUGUUAGAGCAGUACAAAGAGGAACUUUGAGUACGUAUAAGGCUGCAGAGAUCUAUAAGGUUCCUAGAAGAACAAUCAGAAAUCAUCUGCAGUCUGGCAGUUUAAAGAAAAGUUUGGGACGUAAACCUAUAUUAAAUGAUGAAGAGGAAGCUCAACUUGUGCAAAGGAUAAUCCGGUAUUCUAAAAUGGGCUUGCCUGUGACACCAAGAAUAUUGCGUCGAUUGGUGUAUAAAUAUUGUGAGCAAAAUAAUAUAAAACACAAUUUUAAUGAUGAGGGCAAACGCGCAGGCAAAGACUGGUUCAAAGCGUUCAUGAAAAGAUACCAUGAAAUAUCCGUAAGAAAAGCGCAAUUCAUGAACCCAGCUAGAGCCCAAAAGCUAAAUAAAUUUAUUGUUGAUGACCAUUUAUAA